AUGCCAGCUUGGUGUGCUAUCAAGGACGUCACAGGGCUUCGCAAGUACAUCAAUGCUGAUAAGGAGCAAUACCUUGGCAUGGAACCCGCCUCGGUCUUCAGUGGGCACCCAUUCGCCAGAGUGCUGCUUGCCAUCGCACCAGAUCUCAAGGGCUUCUCCGAGAAGCUGCGAUUCCGUGCCAGGUGCCUCGAUACUGGUCUUGUUGCCGCGACCACGCUCUACAUGGACAUUUACGACGUUCUUGGCGGUGACCUUGAACGUGGGAUCCGAGAGAUUAUGCCUUACAUGGAGAGACUCGAGACGACUCUCAAAGACUGGAAGGACUACAAUGACCCCGCUCACGAACGCAACCCAUUACUGAGCGACCAUGCCAUCGACGAGGGUCCCCUCAAAUAUGACAGUCUACGAGAGCAGUUUCUGCCGGUUCGCAAUACAUCUACAACUACUGGUUGGCGAGCGAACAAGCAUGUGACGAGAGACGACAUUGCGCGCGAUCCAAGCUGCUGGAAGAAGGAUGACUGGCCAGGCGCAUUCAUAUCCAGCAAUGUUCUCUGCUCGCUGCCCAUAUUCGCAACACAAGCUGUCAACUUGACCUUGCACGACGUUCAAUGCCACGGCCUGAAUCUGUGCAACAACAUGGAUCUCGUUCUGGCCGCUGCACACUGGUACAACGCUGCCAAAAUCUCAGGUACAGCCCCCCAAAGCUGGCCCGAUAUGGACUUUGUCAUCGAGCGAGAAAAUGAAGUUUCACGCUAUCUGGGAACCGGAGAUGGAACAGUAUGUGGUGCUGCUAAGCAGUUCUGCCUUGCAUUGGGAAUGACUCUCCCCCAGGUCACGGGGAAGUCUCGCGUGGCGAUUCCGCACAUUGGCAAGAACAAGUCGGCCAAGAUGAGCAACAUCUCGCGCUUUACUCCUCACGACUCGGGACUCCGGUCCAUGCACACAGCGAGGCAUCGACACGAGAAGGUUGCAUGGACUACGCUCGCUCACAAGAAUGGCCUUGACCUCAGCCGGCUCUAUUCAGUCAUUAAAGGCUACGCAUCCUCCGUCGGCAUCAGGGAUCCCGUACUCUCGGGGCAAUGGCGAGCCACACGGAGACUAAGCCCGAGUCAAUUGCUCAAGAUCAUCGAAGAAAUCUUCGUGGAAGAUGAAGCCUACAUCCACUUCGACCUCCACCAAUUCUACAUGCGUUGCUUUAGCUUCAUGUAUGAGGUCUUGAAGCACCACCGCGAGUUCAUCAGCGAAAAGCGAGCUAUGGCUUACAGCCGACGACAGAUGUCCUUUCCAUUCAUGGUCAACGAGAUCCUGUGGGACGCCGUCGCGCUGGAGGGCUCAAAGCACGGCAUGAAGAACACAAUGCUAUACCACGUCGGCCAGAUCCUCAACGCUAUGCAACCCAGCAAUCUCAGCGUCGCCACGACUCAAGCUCAGCGUUUCUCCAGCCGUCGGAUCCCAGAGCACCUCAAGCCAGCGACUUUGUACUCCGACACCGCAGUCAUGGCGCCGUCUGCAUUGCAGCCGUCCUCCUUGGUCGUGCAUGAAGUCGAGCUGGACGAGUACAAGCGCUUGCGAGGAACGUACACAGUCAACAUGACCGAUACAAGAGACUGGGGUGAUCCUGGCCAGAUCAACGAAGAUGACGGGUUCGCUGUGAGGGAGGAUGAGGACGGCAUCACUGUUGAUAAUUUGCGGCCCAACGCGGAUUGUCCUUGCUGUCACGGCAAGGAUGGGAUCAGGCUGUUCACCCUGGAGCGGAUUCAGUGCAUGCAGCAGGUGUUGCGCGAGCAUCGGGCUUCUGGCAAUAUGCUGGAUGCACAGACCGCCUAA